AUGGGACCAUUCCCAUCAUCUUUUAGUAAUAAGUACAUUUUGGUAGGUGUGGAUUAUGUGUCUAAAUGGGUUGAGGCCAUUGCUUCCCCUACAAAUGAUGCAAGGAUAGUAGUGAAAUUUUUGAAAAAGUUUAUUUUCACUAGAUUCGGAGCUCCAAGAGCUAUAAUCAGUGAUGGUGGAUCUCAUUUCUGCAAUAAACAGUUUGAAAAUCUUUUGAAGAAAUAUGGGGUUACUCAUAAGGUUGGUGGAGAUUUUCAAGCAAAUGUGUAUGCUGAAUUAAUGCCUGGGAAGUUGCUGAACCUUAUAUUUCAACAUGGUGGAGUGAAAGGCCAUUUUAGUUGCAGCAUUAUGAGGAAAUUGAUGAGAAAUAUAGAAACUUUCAUGAAAUUUAACCAUGUGAACAGUGUCUGCAGCAGAAUUUUAUUCCUUGUUCAUGAAUUUUUGAUGAUGAGUUUGGGGUUGAAUUUGGGUGUUAUUCCUUGUGGUGUGAUUGUUAGUGUGAAUAUUACUUGA